AUGGGGUGUGGAUCUGGUAAACCCGUGGAGGUGGACAAUCCAAACAAGAGUAGUUACAUCUAUAUUACGCUUAGUUAAGGAUGUAGCUCAUUUCUAAAUUUCUUCGUCAGGCAUGGUUGCUGAAAAACAAGGAUCAAUAACAAAUGAUUAUACUCUCCUUAAACCUCCUAUUGGAAAAGGUUUCAAUUGAUGGAUAACUUUAGGGGCAUUUGGAGAAGUCAGAAAGGCCAUUCACAAAGUCACUAAUCAAAUUAGAGCUGUAAAAGUAAUUUCGAAAGAAAAAGCGAGCAAGGCUGAAGUGGAAAGAUUGAGAAUAGAGAUUGAAAUCUUAAAAAGAUUAGUAAGUCAUAAUAGAAAACAAUAGGAUCAUCCAAACAUUAUAAAAAUUUAUGAGUUCUAUCAAGAUCAUAAAAACAUCUAUAUCGUGACAGAAUUAUGUACAGGGGGAGAACUUUUCGAUAAAAUUCAAGAUCAGCAGGCCUUCUCGGAGAGAAAGGCAGCAGAAACUAUGAAACAGGUUCUUAGUGCUGUUAAUUAUCUGCAUAAAAGUAAGAUAGUACAUAGGUUAAUAAUUGUAUUAUAACAUAGAGAUUUAAAACCAGAGAACAUUUUAUAUGAAGCAAAUAAACCCCAAGCAUUACUAAAGAUAGUGGAUUUUGGUACUAGUAGGGUGUUUGAAACAGGUUAUAAAAUGAAUCAGAAGUUGGGGACAGUAUAAAUAUAACUAAUUUUAAGCCUUAUUAUAUAGCACCUGAAGUUUUGGAGAGAAAAUAUGAUGAAAAAUGUGAUGUAUGGUCAUGUGGUGUGAUAUUGUAUAUUUUACUUUGUGGACUUCCACCAUUUAAUGGGGAGGAUGAGGAGGAGAUAUUAGAAAACGUUAAGGAAGCCUAAUUAACAUUUGAUGGAGAGGAGUGGAAUCAAAUUUCGUAUGAAGCAAAACUACUGAUCAAAAAAAUGUUAGAGAGAGAUCCAAAAAAGAGGAUUAGUGCUGAAUAAGCAUAAAGAGAUCCAUGGAUAACUACUUAUGUUAAAAAAACUGAGAUGAAUUUACCCUAAUUAACAAAGGUUCUCAAUAAUUUAAGAAAUUUCAGAGUGGAAAAAAAAUUCUAAGAGGCUGCAUUAACUUUCAUGGUCAAUCAAAUGACUACUAGUCAAGAGAAAUAGGAAUUAUUGUAAUAAUUUUAGGCACUCGAUCUAAAUGGAGAUGGAAGACUCUCCAAAGAAGAAUUAGUUAUUGGUAUAUCUUAAUAACUAUUUGAUAGGAUAUUCGAAAGUAAUGAGUUAUACUGAUGCAGAGUUGGAAGUAACUAAAUUAAUGAAGUACAUAGAUUAGGAUAAAAAUGGAAGCAUUGAUUAUUCAGGUAGGAAAUAUUUAACUAAAUUUAGAAUUUGUAUUGGCUACAUUUAAUAAGGUGAAACUAAUAGAAGAUGCAAGAUUAGAAUAGGCAUUUAAAAUGUUUGAUAAAGAUGGAAGUGGCUCGAUAUCCAUCGAUGAAAUCAAAGGCAUAUUUGGAUGCAAUGAAGCAGCUGUAAGUGAUGAAGUCUGGAAAGAAUUGUUGGCUGAAGUGGAUGCCAAUGGUGAUGGUUCUGUAAUAAUUUAGUUUAUUUCUAGAUUUCCUUUUAAGAGUUUAAAGAAAUUAUCAUCAAGGCAAUCAAUGCUAAUAAUCCAGAGCAAAAGGCUUUAAAGUGA